AUGUCUGCCCUGCGAAUGCUGCAGGAAAAUGCGCACGAUAGACUGGCCAGUCGUCAAGAGCCCACUCAACCGAAUGAAGAUAGUCGGCGUAUCGGACCACCGCCGGCUCAAGAGAAGAGAAAGCAGAUAUUUCCAAAUUUCCACAAACUCGACCGACCAUUGGAUGUUUACCCGCAACCACCGCCGGAACCACAAGGCUCAUACAGCCAGUUCUACUCACACCCGAAGCAACCGCCCGCAAGCCAACCGUCACCAGUCAAUACACAGCGAAACCCAGCCGAACUUAAUACCCGACUCACCGUUCUCAAGCGGGGCGAAUCCUACUCCCUCCACGAAACUCAGCCACUUUAUCCCAGCAACCUUCCGCAUUCGCAUACCCAAUCACAACAGGGAACUGAUGACAGAUUGACCCUUAAGAAGCCCAACAACAGUCGACCCAGCCGAGGCGUUUCCGCUCCCAACCCUGGCAUCAAGUUACAGUCGAAACCCUCGUCUCGCUCCCCUGAGCUGUUGACGUCUACGGCCCAGCAACCGUAG